UUCGUUAAUAUUCAGCAAGUUCGUGGUUGAAACUUGAUCGCUGCGAUUGUAUGUUUUUUUAACUCACACGAUAAUAUGAUACGAACUGUGGGUCGAACGUUAGUAAACGUUGCUGUCUUCUGCCGCUGCAAAACCAUUGUACGAAAGGUGACUGCUUUUCAAGUGUAUUCAGCUUGAAUUUUCGCUUUUACAGGUUUGAGUGUAGAUUGAAGAACUUCUAGCAAUAUGGCAUUGAGUAACAUUUACAAACCAGAAACAAACAAGUUUUCACAUCUUGGAAGUGAGGAAGAUGAUGAUUCUGACGACCUUGAUGAUGAAAUUGAUGAUGGCUAUGGGACAGCAUUGCUCAGCCCAGCAAGAAAUGUGCAAAAACAAUUAAUACCGCCAAACAGGACUACAAAAAUCAGAAGGGUGCAUUCAAAACCUUGGUGUACAACCAGAGCUUGUUUUGUUUGCUUUAUUUGGCUGGCAUUCUUUUCUAUUUGUGUUACCGGACUGGUGUUGCUAAUUCUACAAGCAAUUGAAUCAAAAUCCAAGGAUUCUAAUGCCUAUUUUGAGAAAAAGGUUCUCACAGGUGAGCAGGAUGGCCUCUUGGAUGAUGAGAAUUUUGCACCAUGUGAUGAGCUUGAAGCCACUAAGGUGUGGCAUGCAACAAUGCCAAAACUUAUGACAGAAACCGCUGUACGACUUAAUGACGUGAAUGGAGAUGGAGUUGAUGACUUUAUGGUGGGGUUUUCAACUGGUGUAGAUGGCUACAAUGCGCCUAAGAUAUCUUGUGAUCUGUAUUUCAAUGGCACCUACCCUUGCUAUGGUGGCAUUAUGGCUCUUGAUGGAAAAACUGGCCAACAGAUAUGGAGACAUUACACAAUGCAUGAAAUCUAUUCAGUAAACUGUAAUGGUGAUUUAGACAUGGAUGGAGUUCAAGACUGUUUGAUAUCUGGAAGAGCAGGAGUUUUUCAAGCUAUCAGUGGUAAAAGGGGAGAACUUAUUUGGAAUUUUGGACCACAAGAAUCUAGAGAUACCAACAUGAACCUGUACACAGCUCAGUUUAUCCGAGAUUUGAAUGGAGAUGGGGUGAUGGAAGUUCUCGUCACACAUGGUGGGGAUCCUUUGGCUGAGCCCAACAGUCCUGAGCGUCUGGUUGGACGUCUUUUAAUAUUCUCUGGCAAAACUGGAGAGGUACUAAGAUGGGUGAGGACUCCAGAUGAAAGAGAAACUUACUUUUCUCCGGUUAUAUACACAAAGAAGGAUUCUACUGAGCUUGUACUGUUUGGGACGGGUGGAGAAACACACCCAGGAGGGCUCUAUGUUGUGCCACUGAUUGAUCUGUUCCAUGGAUUGAUUGAAAACUCCAAGCUUAUCUACAAAGAUAAUUAUAAAGGUGUGAUGAAUCCUCCUGUCCUUGUGGAUUUGAACAAUGAUGGAACUGUUGACAUAACCAUGGCAAUGUACAACACAACAGUCAUUGCUUUUGAUGGGGAAACCUACAAGAGACUGUGGCAUUUUGUUUUCCCAUCAAGUGAAUCAUACACGUCGCCAGCAGCUGGUUUCUUCAAUAAGGAUAACACCCCUGACUUUUUGGUGAGGUACAAUUACGGAUCCGGAUUUCCAGUUUAUUUCUACUCAAACGUGACAGUGAUUGAUGGCAAAACAGGCAAGCCGCUGGUCACACCUUUUGUCAAGUCGUCAUCAAUGUGCAACACGUCCCCUCUGACGGCCAGCAUGCAGGGGCUUGGUAACGACCUGUUUGUAUACUGGGUCUCAGACUGUAUCGGCCAUGAGGGCGAGGGAGGAAACUUUGAGUUUGUGGAAGGAACCAACGUCCAUGAGCAAAGUAGAGCUGACACUUGCAAGCUUCGUUAUAAUGCAAAGAGCUUUAGUAAGCUACGGGUGACUAAUCGCAAUAUAGGCUUCCCUGGCAAAGACAUUUAUUAUUCAGAGGACUACCAAGACAUGGAGCAUGAAAAUCCAGGAGUGGAAACAGGAAGCGAAUCACAAAGCAAAAACAUCUCAAAAAAUUCACGAAUGAAACGACACGUUGGAGCACCCGACCACGGCGGGUAUCAGAGACUUAUUGCAACAGGUUCAGUGGUAACUUCACUUGGAGAGGAAAGCAAUAAAGGACCCAUGGACUCCAUCGAUGUGGUUUUUACCACCUACUGGCAAUAUCCAGCAAAAGUACGGGUCAUUUUACCAGAGGAUAAAGCUUGUAUCGAGAAUUACAGAAAUCUCAGCAGAGCAGGGAAAGUUGACAAUGAUGUUGAUGAGGACAGGAAUGAACAACUUGGCAUUUAUGACGCAGGAGAUACAGCCGUGAAUGAGUGUCUCAAGAAAAAGCAACAACAAACUGACGAGGACCAAAUAUUUGUCAGUCAAUCAGACUAUGACUUGUACAAAGUUCACUUCGGAAGCUUGACUGUGUACCGUUUUACCCUCAAAUGCAAAUGCAACAAUCUUUCCCCUUCCAAAAAAUGUGCGAAGUUUUUACCCAUGUCCGAGCAAGGCUGGGGAGGGUACAUGGGAACACUAACUAAUAGUUUUUUUGUUCCAAGGAAAAGGCCCUGAAUGGGGAAAUACGAAGGGAUCUUUUUCUGGUGAUUAAUCCACUGGCGACCUUGAGUCCCCCUCCCAUCCCCUCAAAAAAAUGGGCCUGAAAGUACGUUCCGGAGUCACAAGGACCAUCGCCUUUCUCUAACCCACUUAUUCUAUCAAGUCUAGCCUCAAAACCAAUCUGCACAUUUCGCCUCCCGGUGAGCUCAAUUGGUUAGAGCGCCGGAUUGUGUUGUGCGGGAGGUCGAGGGUUCGAGCCCCGGCCGGACAAAUACUCAU